AGACGUGAAAUUGUCAGGUCCGUUUACGGGUGGUUUGUGUCGUCUUAGAUCGGCAACAAAAUAAAAGGGAAAAGAGGCAUAUUUUUUCGGUUCUUUUGCAAAACAUAAUCAGGUACCCUGGACUUUACCGACACCCACUCAGACAUGUCGUAUGUCUUCAUCAAUGACUCUUCCCAAACGAACGUGCCCCUGCUGCAGGCUUGCAUCGACGGGGACCUGAACUACUCGAAGCGCCUCCUGGAAAGCGGCUUCGAUCCCAAUAUCCGGGACAACCGCGGUCGUACGGGGCUGCACCUGGCGGCGGCCCGCGGCAACGUGGAGAUCUGCCGGCUGCUGCACAAGUUCGGGGCCGACCUGCUGGCCACGGACUACCAGGGCAACACCGCGCUGCACCUCUGCGGCCACGUCGACACCAUCCAGUUCCUGGUCUCGAACGGGCUCAAAAUUGACAUCUGCAAUCACAACGGCGCCACUCCCCUGGUGCUGGCGAAGAGGAGAGGGGUCAACAAGGACGCCAUCCGGCUGCUGGAGGGCCUGGAGGAGCAGGAGGUGAAGGGCUUCAACCGGGGGGCACACUCCAAGCUGGAGUCCAUGCAGCUGGCCGAGAGCGAGAGCGCGAUGGAGAGCCACUCCCUUCUGAACCCCAACCUCCAGCACAGCGAGGGGGUGCUCUCCAGCUUCCGCACCACCUGGCAGGAGUUCGUGGAGGACCUGGGCUUCUGGAGGGUGCUGCUGCUCAUCGUGGUCAUCGCCCUGCUGUCUCUGGGCAUCGCCUACUACGUCAGCGGGGUGCUGCCCUUUGUGGAGAACCAGCCCGAGCUGGUGCACUAGGAGGACUCCAGUGGGGGCGGGGACGGGGUUUCUCUUUCAUCAGUGCGGACAGACUGUGCUCUCUCUGUUCACUCAUCCCACUUCACUUUUACCAUUGGCCACUGCACGGUGCUGCCUGCUCAUUCCACGUAGGCUGGAGUUUCGAUUUAGAUACUUUCCUUUGCUGUAAACUGCCCAGCAACGUCUUCAGAGCUUUUUCAGGUAACGUAGUGUCUUUUAUAUGAAAGACAAGGGGUGGCAGAAUGCACGUCUUCUCCAGAAGUGUGUGCAGAGGAAGUACUUCAGGGGAAGUGCACAUGUCCUUGCAAAAUCAUUGCGAACAAUGACCACAUUUUACUGCAUUAUCAAUAAGAUGUGCUGUAAUAUAUAACAAGAAAAGCAUCUCCAACUAUGCUUCACUUUUGAUUGAAGAUAGGGAGUGUUAGUUGCUUCUAGAAAUAAAUGUCAGACUAGGCUAGCCGUCUUCACGAGAUGAAAAUUGUUCUUUUUCUUAAAAAAAAAAAAAAAUUAUUUAAAUUAAGAACCACUUUAUUUUAGGCUUUCGGAUUCAGAUUUUGUUUGGUUACACCUGAACUGUCUUACUCUUCUUUUCCAUUCAGGAGAUGGAAUUACGUUUCACUGCAGCAUGAUCCACUCACAGCCCAAGGCAAACCCUAGGUGCCAGUCCUGUAAUGCUGUUAAUUUGAUAGUAAAUAUUCACAAACCCUCCCUUGUUCUGCGAUUCUUGCAGUCAGUCCUCAGCAGGUUGGUCAUUGCUGAAUUAAUCUUUAUCAGUGGUCCAUGAUCCGUGGUUUGUGAUGUAACGUUCAUCAGCUGCUAUCCAGCUUGCAUGCCAGAAUUUGUCCCAAUAAUAGAACCCCUGGUUGAGCAGUUGUCAAGAUCUUCUGAAGAUGUGGCAAUACAGGGUAGUGCAGUGCCUUUAGUUAGUAGUCAUGGUCCUAUUAGACAGAAAUCAGGUACAGGUGGUCUGUAGCAGUUGCUCAGUGUUCAGGCACAGUAGUAGAUCUGAUUCUACAAAAGUCUAUAAUAAUCUCUCUAGUAAGGCAUCAUUACCAGUAUUUGUUGGUCUAUCUUUUAAUUAUAUAGGUGUUACUGAUGUUAAGGCUAAGCAGAAUGGAGCAAAAACACUUAGAGAAAGGUUAUAGCUUAAAUAUCAUGCACAUUAAGUUUUCCAUUCUCUUCACAGUAAACCUUAUGCGUAGAAUUAUGGGUAAUAUUCGUUGUGCAAGACAAGCAUGAUGUACUUGCAAAAUCAUUACUAACCAUAAACACAUUUUACAGCAUUAGCAUUAAGAUACAGUAUAUAUACUGUAGCAAGAACAGCCUCUCAAUUAAUGCUUUGCUUUCAAUUAAAGAUAAGGAAUUUCAGUUGUCUCUGCCUCCAGUAUUAUUUCUACAUGAAGUUACUGGAGGAAUGUUUGUGUCUGGUUAAAGCAAUGCAUCUUGCAUAGAGAUAUUUCUUUAGUGCAACCCUUUUUAUUAAAUUCUUAAGAAAUACAUUGGAUCUCUUGUUUUCAAAGCCAGUGGGAAGGAGGCUAAAUGUCCUUUUAGGCUUUCUUUAAAUAGCAACUAGUUUCAAAACGGAUAUUCUAUAUCUUUUCUUAUACAAAAAAAGGCAGACAUUUUUCAAGGGAGAGAAGGGGAAAAUUCCUUUAAGGUUUCCACAGUAAGAAAGUGUUGUAACAUUUCAUUCUUAAAGCUAUCCAACUUAACAACCACAGCUAAUAACAGCAGCACAUUAACCAUGAUAAUUGCAGCACUGCUGGCAUAUCACCUUAAUUUUCUGCAUCUUGAGUGGUCCAUCAUUAAGUCUCACAGACAGAACCCAGGGGAGAGGUCAACCCCACUCAGAGUCUAUCCCGUCUGCUCCGCUCAAGUUGAUCUCACUACCUCUGGGUGCAUCCAAUUGUAACCUGACUUUUCUCCUUGAUUUCCCCCAUUGCCACACCUCACCAAAACACAGAUUCAAAACAUAGCUGAAAAGCUUCCUAUGUUAACUUCAAAAUGUGGAAAUGCAUGACUUGUAAGUAACACACAGAACGGCUGUAGUUUAUUAGAAACUGAUGUACUAUAAUUAGUGGAUUGAUCAGUAAACUUCAAACCAGAUAUGGAAAGAUGGUGGAAUAAAUACAUCAGAGAGUGGAGGCCACUUUGAAUAAGUUAUCAUGGCAAGUUAGCCGACAGCACAGCCUAUUCCUGGUUAGGUCUUUGAACCAAGUUUGCACUUGGACAAGCAACUGUCUUGCACAAUACCACCCCUUGCCCAUUUCUUGCAGCUAGAUAAGAGUACAAUAGUUUCAAAAUAAUUGCAGUAAAGAGUUAAACUUACUCCAGAGGGCAGGAGCUUGGAUUGAGAAAGUAUUUUCUGGAUUAGCCUGGUCUGGGAUUUUAAGGACUUUCACAGAGUUUUAAAGGUGGCUAAGUUUUGAGAUUAUGGGCUACAGUUGAACAUUUUUAAUUUAUCAUUAAAUCUGUAGGUUUCCGUUGUCUUCCUUUUACAUAAUUUGUUGUUAUGGAUUCGAGUCUUUUCCCUUUUGUUUGUCAUGAGCUUGUUUUAACUUGUAAAUAAAAGGGGUUAUCCCAGUGUUAAGGAAUUUAGACCUGACAUCUUAGAUGGUUUUCACCAUGAAUUGGUUCUUAUGAAAUGUUUCAACCUGUAUACUCACAUUUAGACAUGAAACAGUUUGUGAAACCUUCAUAUUUGAUCAUUGUUUUUUGCACAUUAUAAGUUUGUAGUUGUCUAUGACUGCAUUUUCAGUGUUGUGUUGUAGAAUUUAUUUCUUAUCUUGAAUAAACAAUUAAAGCAUAAUCUUUUUCUCUUAA